UGUAUGGACAGCAUAUGACGCUUAACACACCAGUCGGCUCUAGGAGACGCAAAGCGAACGCGACGCCGGUCGAACGCAACGAAUGGCUGAAGAAACCAGCUAGAAGCGCUGAAACCAAACAGCCAGUGGCCUCUGGUCGACGAGAGCACUACCAGACAGACGCAAGGCAACGCACGACACGGUAAAAGGAAAGUGAACCGCGUGUGCUAAAAACGCAAAGAUGUUCGUGGUGGUAGGCAAUUCAUACGCAACAGAACGCGACGAGCACAGGCGGCAUGGCGACAACACACACCAGCGCGGACACCGCCGGGCACCCCAAACCUCACCAUCACACACAGGCUACGACCGACCAGCAACCAACGUCUCAAAAAAUGCAGUCGGCGCCUCGGCCGCCUCGGCCCUCGGCGCGGCGGCAUCAAAACGAAACGUGUUUACGUCAAAAUAACAGCAAAUAUAAUUUUAAACCGUGACGUCAUUGGCUCUAUCGAGUUCAGCCGUUAGGGGAAACACUUCAUUGCAGUAGUAUAUAAUUUUUAUUCCUAGAUGUCCCUUUUUUUUUCAUUCACGCUUUACGUCUUGUUUUUGUUUUAAUAAAUUUCACCUUUUCGUGCAUAUAUUUAACUAUAGCCAUAAGACAACACCGGACAGGAUCCUAGCCAAAUGCCUAGCCCUUUUCCACCAAUGAAAAGCGUCGUUUUUCGCGCGAUUUCGUUGGGAAGGUGCUGCUGCUGCUGGGUGCCGGUGUCUUCGUGUUCGUACCAUUCGUGUUACAGGCUGAAAUCGUUGUACGAGUAGCCUCCAAUCAGCCGUCUCAAAGUCUUUAAAAGCGUUGGGUGGCCUCAGCGCGCCAACCGAAUGUGUCAGGUCGGUUGAAUACGUCGUUAACGGUGCUGUCCUCUUUUAGAGUGGUUACGACCGGUAAUCGUGGCGCAAAAUGUCAAUGAAUGGUCUUUUAGACUUCGGGGACAUGCCGGAUGGCGACGGCGAUUGCCCAACCAAACUUAGCAAUCCAGAUGACGAGGUGCACGUAAAUGGGACAGCUUCGUCCGACGGGAUGGGACGAAGUCGCUUUGGUCGGCUGCGCAAGCCUAAUCAAGUGAGUGACAUGGAGUUUACACCUCUGGUUCGGGUUCGUCCGCCCCACUCCUUGAACAAGGUCCGGAAAACAAAGACCAAGCCACUCGCAGCUGCGCCCUGUUAUCUGGUGGGCGACUUGCUCUGGUCCAAGGUAGGCGGUCACCCGUUUUGGCCGUGUAUGGUCUCCUUCGACCCCUUGUCCGGUAUCUACACGAAGACAGUGCGCCAGCAGCACCGCCUGUAUCACGUCCAGUACUUCGGAGACGACGCGCAGCACGGGUGGACCCAACCCGGUCGGAUCAUGCCCUACGAGGGCCUGGCCAAGUUCGUGGCCAUGGGCAACCUCGAGCGCGCUCCGUACAACGUUCCCGAUCGGAAGCGGGACGCUUGGCGCGUUGCCGUCCAAGAGGCUACGGACGCCCUGGAGUUGACACGCUCUGAGCGCAAACACAAGCUCACGUUCGAGUACUACGACUCGCGGAGCAAGGGCGCCAAGAGCAAGACUUCCGAGGUGGGACCAUUGCAGGAGAACAGUGCCGUUGAGAAGCCCCCCACCAAGGAAGAGGUAUGCACGGUCUGCGAGAAGAUGGGAGCGACGCUCUUUUGCACGGGGCCUUGCAAGCUCGCCUUCCACGCCGAUUGCCUGGGCGUCUCGCACGUGCCUCGCGCCUUCGUCUGCGACGAGUGCACCACGGGUGAGCACCUAUGCCUCGUGUGCAAAGACCUGGGAGAGACGGAGAAGUGUUCGUUGGAGAGCUGCGGCUGCUUCUACCACAAGAAGUGCCUGGCAAAGCUGCCCCUGCCGCUCAAGCAGGACCCCUUCGUCUGCCCAAGGCACUUUUGCCUCGGCUGCUUCCAGGAGAAGCCUACCACUCUCAAUGCCAAAGGACGCCUGCUGCGCUGCGUGCGGUGCCCUUCGGCCUUCCACGUGGGCUGCCUGGCGGCAGGCUCGUACCGCCUGGGGCCCACGGCCGUGGUGUGCCCACAGCAUGGUGCCGAGCUUGGGCCCAGCAUCAAUGUCAACUGGUGCUUCGUCUGCUCGACGGGGGGCCACCUCCUCUGCUGCGAGGGCUGUCCGGCUGCCUUCCACCAGAGCUGCCUGGGCCUCAAAGCAGCCCCCAAAGGGCCCUUCUUGUGCAGUGACUGCAGCGCGCUCAAGCACCCUAAGUAUGGCCACAUCAUUUGGGUCAAGCUGGGCUGCUACCGCUGGUGGCCCGCCCAGGUGUGUAGCCCUGCAGAGGUGCCGGUCAAUAUCGCCGAGCUCAAGCACCGACCGGUCGGGGAGUUUGCGGUGCGCUUCUACGGCUCGCACGACUACUACUGGACCAACCGUGGGCACGUGUUCCUCUUUGAGGAGGGCGAUCGCGGUAGUCUGACGUCGAGCAGCAAGAGCCUGUCGCGGUUAUUUGAGACGGCCCUGGAGGAGGCGACGGCGGCGUGGGAGCAGCAGCGCCGGGCCAGGGACCAGUCAGCCAAGCCGGCGCCCUUCCGCAUGAUCCGGGUCAACCGGCCCGUGGGGCAGGUGGCGGUGCCGGCACUGGACCUGCGCACGGUGUCGGUUUGUGUCUGCACCGCCCAGGAUCCAUGCCAGGCAGACUGCCUCAACCGCCUGCUGCUGUACGAGUGCCGCCCGGACCUGUGCCCCGCCGGCGAACACUGCAAAAACCAGCACUUUUUGCGGCGCGAGUACGCCCAGGUGACGGUGAUACGGGCCGAGGGAAGGGGCUGGGGCCUGCGCACCGACCAGGCCCUGACUGCGGGCGACUUCGUCAUGGAGUACGUCGGGGAGAUCAUCAACGAGCAGGAGUGCGAGCGCCGCCUGUCUCGGCUUCAUCUGGAGCACAGCAGCAACUUCUACUUCCUCACCCUGGACAGGGACCGCAUCAUUGACGCGGGACCACGGGGAAACCUGUCGCGCUUCAUGAACCACUCCUGCGAUCCAAACUGCGAGACCCAGAAGUGGACUGUCAACGGGGACACCCGUGUCGGCAUCUUUGCCAUCCGAGACAUCGCACCAGGCACGGAGCUCACCUUCAACUACAACCUUGACUGCCGGGGCAACGAGAGGAUCAAGUGCGCCUGUGGGGCCAGCAACUGCAGUGGCUACAUGGGAUUGCCAGCACCGCGACCCACCGAGGGUGAGCGCAAGGCCAAGCGGCGCAAGUAACAUCGUGGAAUGAAUCAGAAGGGCAAUAAAUAAUGUGCAUGCUGUUUUGCGACGUUCA